CUUCUUCUUCUUGUUGUUGUUGUUAAUUGGUGGUGCAACAGCUGCCGCCGCUCUGCAGCCUCCGGCGCGCGUUGCUGUUAUUCGCCUCCCUGCCGGGGGAGUGUGUCCUCGCCGGCUCGCCGUGCCACGGUGGGAGGGCAAGGGGGCAGGGCUGAGAUGGGAGAAGGCAUGUCCAAAAGACUGAAGGUGCAACUGGGGGGCGAGGCGGAGAUGGAGGAGCGGGCGUUCAACAACCCCUACCCGGAUUAUUCGCCCCACGGAGCCAGCGCCUCCUCGGCCAGCGCUGCCCCGCCUUCCCCCAGCGACUCGGAAGGCAAGCGGGGCCGCUCGGCUUCGCCCGAGAGAGACGAUGCCCUCCCCUUCGACAGCGACGGGACGCUCAGCACUUAUUUCAUUAAAAGGGUCACAACUAAAAUUAAGGAUCUGUUGCAGCAAAUGGAAGAAGGGCUAAAGACAGCAGAUCCUCAUGACUGCUCUACAUACACUGGGUGGACAGGGGUCGCCCUCUUGUACCUUCAGCUGUAUCGUGUGACGAAAGAGCCAAAUCACCUACAGCGAUCCCUGGACUACGUGAAGAGAAUACUGCGCAAUCUGAAUGGAAGACGGGUUACGUUCCUCUGCGGCGACGCUGGGCCCUUGGCAGUGGGCGCGGUGGUGUACCACAAGCUGAAGAAUGACAGCGAGUCCAAGGAGUGUGUGACCAAACUCCUGCAGCUCCAGAGGAUGGUCCUCGCCACAGAUUCUGAACUUCCAGAUGAGCUGCUCUAUGGAAGAGCCGGUUACCUGUAUGCCUUGCUUUAUUUGAACACUGAAAUUGGUCCUGAGACUGUGCCACAGUCUGUUAUCAAAGAGGUGGUGGAUUCCAUCACUGAAUCGGGGAAAAACCUUUCCAGAGAAGAGCGGAAGACUGAACGCUGCCCGUUAUUGUACCAGUGGCACAAGAAGCAGUAUGUUGGUGCAGCCCACGGCGUGUCUGGCAUCUACUACAUGCUGAUGCAGCCAGCGUCCAAUGUGGAUCAGGAGACUUUGACAGAGCUGGUGAAGCCAAGCAUCGACUACGUGCGUCAUAAAAAAUUCCGAUCGGGGAAUUAUCCAUCGUCUUUAAGCAACGAAUCUGACAGGCUGGUGCACUGGUGUCAUGGUGCCCCGGGAGUCAUCCAUAUGCUCAUGCAAGCAUAUAAGAUUUUCAAAGAAGAUAAAUACCUGAAGGAUGCCAUGGAAUGCAGCGAUGUCAUUUGGCAGAGAGGAUUGUUGAGGAAAGGCUACGGCAUCUGCCACGGGACGGCUGGAAACGGCUACUCCUUCUUAUCCCUCUAUCAGCUCACUCAGGAUAAAAAGUACCUCUACCGAGCUUGCAAGUUUGCGGAGUGGUGUCUAGAGUAUGGUGCACAUGGGUGUCGUAUUCCUGACCGGCCCUACUCAUUGUUUGAAGGUAUGGCAGGAGCUAUCCACUUCCUCUCUGACAUAUUAGCCCCUGAGAAGUCCCGCUUCCCAGCAUUCGAACUUGCUCCUCAGAGGAAAGAAAACAAAGAGGAGUGUGACAGCUAAAUAGUAACUGAAGAUGAUGCAAAAUGCAACAAGGCUGCUUUGUGCCUAAAGAAUACCGAAACAAAGUUGGAAUCUGAGCAAAGAGUGAAUGAACCCUUGCUCACCUGGUCUCCAAAGGACAUUUGUCAUUACCGCAUGAGCGAGGAAAUUCCACACCUUGAUAUUUCAUUCAAAGAGAUGCCUUUAGCUGUGGCAAAGAGCAAUCUUAAGUUUGUUGGGACUCUCCCUUUCUGGUUUUCACAGUUGUCUCUUCAGGUCUUUCGAGUGUUUGCAUGUUUCUUGGUGUUGUCCGUAAGGCGUGACUUUUUUCUGUUGUUUGUUGAAAAGCUGAAAACCGUCCUGUGACAUCCCGUCCUGUUGUUUUUUCUGUGCAUGACUGUAAUGACAGCACACCUCUUUUUCUGCAGCUGGACAUUUGAGGAUCAAGUUGGCUGAUCUUCUUCCAGGCCCACAGCUUUCAAGUCAUUGAACGUAUUUCUUUCCCCCAAGACAUCAAAGGCAUGAUCCACUCACGUUAAGCACUUUAAAGCUCCAUCAAUUCCCUUGAAAAAGUUAAUCAUGUGCUUCAAUCUCUCCAAUUGAAAUCAGUGGGACUUAAAAGCCCUCAACUUCUGUCUGAAUUAUGCCCAAAUUUGUUCUUGUUUUUCCUCCGACAGGGAUCUUCUGAAAGCUUUCAGUCCAUCCAAAGUAAGCACCAACCUCCCGUAUUAUCCCACUGAAAUUGGUGGGACUCGAUUGUGCUCUUAAAUUUUGUGCACACUUAAAUUGAGUAGCACAAUCUCUCUCCCACGCCUAACCCCUGUUUUUUGGUCUUCACAAUAUCUGUGUGUGGUGCCACCUCGUUUUAUGAGACCAGCUUUCAGAUCCAGAAAUUGUAAGCGCUUCUGGAAAUUACCCUUUUAAUGCCAGGAGCCUAAAUCAGCCCACGCUCUUCCCUUUCGCAGCUUGCUGUGUGUCUUGGCCAUGACAUAAGUCUAUCUCUUUUUGGUUUUAAGAAGAAAACCACCCCUUCACUGCUUUUGCGGCAUGCAGAGCAUGCUGACAACAGUAGGAAGACCCACAUAUAAGCAGCUAUGGCAGGCUCAACCCAGCAGUUAAGGAGAGGAACAGGGGUGGGCACCUUCCAGGUGUUGGUGGACUGCAACUCCUACAAUCCCUCACCAUUGGCUGUGUUGGCUAAGGCUGAUGGGAGUUGCAAUCCCUACUAUUUCUGGAGCCCCAUCUCCUGGUAUACAGGAACUAAAAUAGCUCACUGCUGCAGUUUCAAGCUUCUCCGAAAGGGCCAAAGCACCCUGUUCUGGUUAGCAACAAAACUAUAGGCAUCCCUGCUGGGUGACUUAGGCUAUCUCAUUUUUGUUGCUUCAUCCUCCGAAAUCCCAAGUUUCCUUUGGUAUUCUUCUGUUAAAGAGCUACGCAGUGAAUGUGUCAUUCUCGUGCCCAAAGUUCUCGAUAAAUAGGGUGUUACUGUUCUUUUUCCCUUUUUUUCCCAUUCCUGUUUCACAUCUGAACAAAAAUUGAGGUUUGCAUCACAGGGUGUACCUUUUAAUGGGAGAGGUUUGGCUCAAAGGAAACCCAACUGUGUCCAUUCCCUGUUACUGGAGAAACAAACCCCACUUUCAAAAUGAGAUGUCUAAAGGUUGUUAUCCAAUACGUUCUGAUUUUGUGAUGGCUGUUGAAUUGUUUUUAGUCGUAAUGGGAAAUGGACGGCCUCUCGGAGUACGUGAGAGCCUUUUGUAAGAAGGGAUGGGUGGAGUGGGGAUUGGUUAUCACAAAUGUUUUG